AGACACUUCUUAGCUUUUCCCUUGCAGGAGAAGGUGGAGUGAGACCUCGUGAGACGCUGCUCAGAGAGCUGCGGCUGUUCCCACCCUCUGCGGUUUUCUUUUAAUUUUGGAACAAUUUGGUUUUUUUGAAGGGAGGAAAAAAUGUCUUUCUUUAACUUUCGUAAAAUCUUUAAGCUCGGUGGCGAGAAGAAAAAGAAACAAUAUGAGAACGUCAAGAGAGACUUGAAUCCGGAGGAGUUCUGGGAGAUUAUAGGAGAGCUGGGAGAUGGUGCUUUUGGUAAAGUGUUCAAGGCUCAGAACAAAGAAACCAAAGUCCUUGCUGCAGCAAAGGUGAUUGAUACGAAAUCUGAGGAAGAACUAGAAGAUUACAUGGUUGAGAUUGAUAUUCUGGCAUCCUGUGAUCAUCCAAAUAUUGUCAAGCUUCUUGAUGCUUUCUACUAUGAAAACAAUCUUUGGAUCCUGAUUGAAUUUUGUGCAGGUGGAGCAGUAGAUGCAGUAAUGUUGGAACUUGAGAGGCCAUUAACAGAGCCACAGAUCAAAGUAGUUUGCAAGCAGACUUUGGAGGCACUGAACUACUUGCAUGAAAAUAAGAUCAUUCACAGAGAUCUAAAAGCUGGCAAUAUUCUUUUUACAUUAGAUGGAGACAUUAAACUGGCGGAUUUUGGCGUAUCUGCUAAAAACACAAGGACAAUACAGAGAAGAGAUUCUUUCAUUGGUACACCUUACUGGAUGGCUCCUGAAGUGGUAAUGUGUGAGACAUCUAAAGACAGGCCUUAUGAUUAUAAGGCUGAUGUGUGGUCACUGGGCAUCACUUUAAUAGAAAUGGCUCAAGUAGAACCACCUCAUCACGAGUUAAAUCCUAUGCGCGUGCUGCUGAAAAUAGCAAAAUCUGACCCACCUACAUUGGCACAGCCUUCAAAAUGGUCUUCAGAUUUUAAAGAUUUUCUAAGGAAAUGUUUGGAAAAGAAUGUAGAUGCCAGAUGGAAUACUGCUCAGCUUCUGCAGCAUCCGUUUGUUACUGUCACUUCUAAUAAACCAGUCAGAGAGUUGAUUGCAGAGGCAAAGGCUGAAGUAACAGAAGAAGUUGAAGAUGGUAAAGAUGAAGAUGAAGAGGAGGAAACAGAAAAUUCUCUGCAAUUACCAACAAACAAGCGUGCCUCCUCUGACCUUAGUAUUGCCAGCUCUGAAGAAGAUAAACUUUCACAGAAUGCCUCGAUUCUGGAAUCUGUUUCUGAGAAAACAGAAAAUAAUGCUGCUGAGGAGAAGAACAUCAGUGUAUUUCCAGAUGAUAAAACAACUGCUAAUGAACCCAAGACAAUUAAAGAUGUGGAAAUUAUUGACAAUGUGUCUGAUACCACUCCUGGAGAUAUUGUAAAUGUGCAGAAUGGGUCAGUAUUAAUUGAGGAAGAUGAGCCAGAGAAAACAUCAGGAGUUGAAAAGAAUACUGGAAAAGCAGAAGUAGUAAAUGAAGACACUGGAUCACAGACAGAAAGAAAAGAAGUUGAUACAGUGACAACAUUAGAAACAAACGAUAAACACAGUCUGAAAACAGAGGAAAGAAGUGCCAUAGAAAAUGAAGAGACAGAUGAAAAUAAACUGAAAAUAGCACCUGAAAUUGAAGAUGCCAGUAUUCAAACUAUAGAAGUGAUAUCUAAAGAGACUGGAGAGAAAGAGGAGAAAGAAAGUGGAACAGAUAGCCAGGAAAAUAAGAGUGAAGGAACAACGACAGAACAAAUUACAGAGCAAAAGGAUGAUGGUAAAUCUGAAGAAGUUCAGAAAGAUGAGAUGACAGGCAGCACUAAUGAAACUCUGGUUAAAGGUGCAGAGAAAAUGGCUGACAGAGAGCAGGAGCCAAUAAAAAAUGGAGCUGACAAUGCUCAAGAGACAGGCAGCACUAGUGAAAGACAGAUCAGUAGUGGAGAUAAAAUACCCGGGACAGUCCAGAAGCUAAUGGAAAGUAGAACUGAGCAUGUUCACGAGACAAGUAGCUUUGAAGAAACUCAGAUUAAAAGUGGAGAUGAAGUGACUGAUACAGAUCAGAAAUUAGUUGAAAGUGAAAAUGAAGAUGUUCAUAAGACAAGCAGCAUAGAGGAAACUGAGGUCAAGGAUUCAGGAAAAGUGGGUGAUAUAGACCAGAAGCCAAUACAGAGCAAGACUGAGAAUAUUCAUGAGACGAAUAGCACUGAGGAAAUUCAAGUCGAAAGUGUGGGUAAAGUGAUUGAGCCUGACCAAAAUUCAAAAACAAAUGAACCUGAGGAUACCCACGAGAACAACAUUCAGAUAAAUGCAGAGCAUUCAGAAGUUCCGUGUGAUGCACCACUUAAGAACAAGCUUCAAGAUCCUGCAGCUGAACAACCUAAUGAUUCUGAACUCACUCCAAUACCCAUUAUUAGUGUUAGCACUGAAGAAAAUGAGGAAAAAGUUAAAAUGGGUAAUCAAGCCAGUGCUGAAAUAUUACAACAGCUAGAACCUGAGACACUAAAGGAAAAUGAUACAGAAUCAGGCACUGGUUCCACAGCUGAUAAUAAUAGCAUUGAUUUGAACUUGUCCAUCUCAAGCUUCCUCACUAAAAACAAGGACACUGGAUCAAUAUCUUUACAAGAAACUAGAAGACACAAGAAAACAUUGAAGAAAACUCGCAAAUUUGUUGUUGACGGAGUAGAAGUGAGUGUGACAACUUCAAAAAUAGUUACAGAAAAUGAUUCAAAAAGUGAAGAAUUGAGAUUUCUUCGACGUCAAGAGCUGCGGGAGCUAAGACUUCUUCAAAAAGAAGAGCAGAGAGCUCAACAGCAGCUCAGUAAUAAACUCCUACAACAACGAGAACAGAUGUUCAGACGCUUUGAACAGGAAAUGAUGAGUAAAAAGCGGCAGUAUGAUCAAGAGAUUGAAAAUCUAGAAAAGCAGCAAAAACAGACAAUAGAACGUUUGGAACAGGAACACACAAAUCGCUUACGAGAUGAAGCAAAACGCAUCAAAGCAGAACAGGAGAAGGAAUUGUCCAAAUUCCAGAACAUGUUGAAAAACAAAAAAAAAGAGGUUUUUAAUGAAGUGGAGAAAGCACCAAAAGAGCUGAGAAAAGAGCUCAUGAAACGCAAGAAAGAGGAGCUUGCACAAACCCAGCAUGCUCAGGAACAAGAAUUUGUGCAGAAGCAGCAACAAGAAUUGGAUGCAUCUCUAAAGAAAAUCAUCCAGCAGCAAAAAACAGAACUAGCCAAUAUUGAACGAGACUGCCUGAAUAACAAGCAGCAGCUUAUGAGAGCUCGUGAAGCUGCAAUCUGGGAGCUAGAAGAGCGACAUUUACAGGAAAAACACCAGCUUCUCAAACAGCAACUCAAAGAUCAGUACUUCAUGCAGAGACACCAGCUUCUUAAGAGGCAUGAAAAAGAAACAGAACAGAUGCAACGAUAUAAUCAACGGCUUAUUGAAGAGUUAAAGAACAGACAAACUCAGGAAAGAGCAAGACUGCCCAAAAUCCAGCGAAGUGAAGCAAAGACUCGAAUGGCUAUGUUUAAGAAGAGUUUAAGAAUUAACUCAUCAGGCACUCCAGAACAGGAUCGUGAGAAGAUUAAACAGUUCGCUACUCAAGAAGAAAAGAGGCAGAAAAAUGAGAGGUUGGCUCAGCAUCAAAAACAUGAAAAUCAAAUGCGGGACCUUCAGUUGCAGUGUGAAGCAAACAUCAGAGAACUGCACCAAUUACAGAAUGAAAAAUGCCAUCUACUGGUUGAACAUGAGACUCAGAAACUAAAAGAGUUAGAUGAAGAGCAUAGCCUAGAACUGAAGGAAUGGCGAGAGAAACUAAGACCAAGAAAAAAGACACUGGAAGAGGAAUUUGCUAGGAAACUUCAAGAACAGGAAGUUUUCUUUAAAAUGACUGGAGAGUCUGAAUGCCUUAACCCUUCAACACAGAGCCGGAUUUCCAAAUUCUAUCCAAUCCCUAGCCUGCACUCCACUGGAUCGUAA